UGUUCGCAAUGUUGGAUUAACUGAAUAUUAUUUACCGGUGCCGAAAGGAUUGUCAGUCAGGCAAACGCAGGGCAGCCAUUGCGAAGGACCCCGCCCCUCCCUGAUGCUAUGCUCGUCAGCGCUGUGUUUACACACUAAUAAUAAUAAUAAUAAUUCUGUUCUCUGAUACUUUUAUUCAGUUCUGUCGAUAAAAAUGCCCCUGUUUGAAGGCUUGGGCAGUGGAGGGGAGAAGACAGCCGUGGUCAUUGAUUUAGGAGCGGCGUACACAAAAUGUGGUUUUGCUGGAGAGACGGGGCCGAGAUUCAUCAUUCCCAGUGAAAUUAAACACGCCGGAUCUCCGGAGGCUGUUCGAGUCGUCCAGUACAACAUCAACACCGAGGAGCUCUACAGCAUCCUGAAGGAGUUCGUCCACCUGCUGUACUUCCGGCAUCUGCUGGUGAAUCCUCGUCGAGACCGGCGCGUGGUGAUCGUGGAGUCCAUCCUCUGUCCCUCACACUUCAGAGAGACGCUCUCCAGAGUCUUCUUUAAGCACUUCGAGGUCCCUUCGGUCCUGUUUGCUCCGAGUCAUCUGAUGUCUGUUAUGACUCUGGGCAUCCAGUCUGCUCUCGUCAUGGACUGUGGAUAUACAGAGACCCUGGUGUUACCAAUCUAUGAAGGCAUUCCGAUCCUGUCCGCCUGGGAAGCUCUACCGAUGGGAGGAAAAGCCAUUCAUAAGGAGCUGCACAGUCUGCUGAGUGAGCAGUGCACACUAGACACCGACUCUGGCCCCGGCCUCAGUCUGCCCACCGUCAUCAGCGCUAUUCCAGAGGAUGUGGUGGAGGAUAUCAAAGUGCGCACGUGUUUCGUUAGUGACCUGCAGAGGGGCAUGAAGAUCCAGGAGGCCAAAUUUAACCUGGACGGAUCUGCUGAGAGACCGGCUCCUCCCCCAGAUGUGGAAUAUCCAUUGGAUGGCCGGAAGAUUCUGCAUAUCAAGGGACCCAUCAGAGACUCUGUGGCCGAGAUGUUGUUCGAGCAGGAUAAUGAGGAGAAAUCCAUCGCCACGCUGCUGCUGGACACUUUGGUGAAGUGUCCCAUCGACACUCGUAAGGUUCUGUCGGAGAACCUGGUGAUAAUCGGCGGUACGUCCAUGCUGCCCGGGUUCCUGCACCGACUCCUGUCUGAGAUCCGUUCGCUGGUGGAGAAACCCAAGUACCGCGAUGCUCUGGCUACCAAGAGCUUCCGGAUCCACAGCCCACCCGCCAAACCCAACUGCACCGCCUGGUUAGGAGGUGCUAUAUUUGGAGCAUUGCAGGACAUUUUAGGGAGUCGUUCAGUGUCCAGAGAUUACUACAACCAGACGGGCCGCAUCCCAGACUGGUGUUGUCUCAGCACUCCUCUACCAGAUUCAGUCUAUGAGGCGGGAAAGACGCCUCCGCCUCUUAUGAAGAGGGCCUUCUCCACCGAGAAAUGAACUGGACACUUCAAAUUGGGGAAAAUCGUUUCAAAUGCACUAAAUGGUUAUCUAGCUUAAACCAUGGCAGUACUUAUGAUGUAGUUUAUGUCAAAAGGUUACUUUUUAUUAUUAUUUAAAUGUAUGCUUGAUCUUUGCACCAUCAAAGACAGAUCACGGAAGGCAUCUUGACCAUAGUGCCAAGAAACGACGUAAUAUUUCAAUUCUGUUUAACAACAGCAAGCUUGAAGUGCUGAAUAUGUUGAAACGUUUUGUGUAUUUAUUAGGUUUGUGAAGAAAUAAACAUUCCAAAAUUGG